CGCACUAAAAAAAAAAGUGCUCACGAGAGAUGAAAAUUUUCUCGUGUCGUCACAGUAAUUGUUGAUUGCAGCUACUCAUAAUUCGAACACUCCAGACCUCCAAGUCAUGGAAGGUGAGACGAUGCCUAAAGUUGACCUAGCGAAAGAAUCAUCAAAAUUGUCUAUUUCUGAUCUACAUUGGAUGAAAGUUAUUGAAAAACAAAAUCUGGAGAGAGUUCAAAAACUUAAACUAGAGAGAAAAAGAAAUACAGUGAUUGGUCUAGUCCUCGCUACAGUAGCUGCUUCAAUUUACGCUUACACAAUUCACGCUGUGAAACAGGAGAAUUAUUUUGACGAUUUCGAAGUGCCAGAGACAGUUUCGGACGACGACUAGUCAUCAUUUUCCUAUUCCCAUUAAUUUUUCCAUUUGUUAAAAUAAUUCUAUCAAAAGUCGUUGUACUGAUACAUUUAAUAAAGUAACAAUGGCAGCG